UUCACUGGUGUUCAGAGACGGAGUUCUGUCACAUCUGCUCACCAUCAGGACAUAGGAGCAUCAGAACCAGAACCACCCAUCAUCUAUAACCAGAACCGGAAACCCUCUGCUGACAGUGAGAAGCAGCGGAACCUUCACUCGUUCAUUUACGUGAAUUUAACGUGAAAUCAAAACGUGUUGGUGUGUGUCUGAUCUGUGUGACGUGUUUCUAUUCACACACACACACACACACACACACACACACACACACACACACACACACCAGUUUCGAUCAGCUGAUUCCAGCUGGACUCAAACCUGCGUCCUCCAUCAGCUCCAGCAGCGGUUCCACCUGGUUCUGUUCAGCCUGGUCCUGAUUCUCUGAUACUCCGGUACCGGAUCUGUGGUUCUGCCGGGAUUCUCCCUCUGACUUUGAUCUCGCGGUGGCUGCUGGGAAAUAAAGCCUGUGUUCGCCGUUGGUCUCGGUAGACAUGUCAGCCGUCAGUCCGGACCAGACCCAAACCGGAGAGCCGGACCGGACCGGAGCCGAAUCGGAGCAGAGGGAGGGCGACGUCCUGCAGCCGCAGACCGUGUUCGUCAUCCUGGACUCGGCUGAAACUCUCAACCUGGUCCGGGUGGAGUCUGGGAUCAUUGCCGACAUUGAGGUCGACAGUUUGCUGCCGUCAGACUGCGACACCUUCUACGAGAUUAAAAGUCAGCCAAUCAGCAUCAGCUCGUCAGCAGCGUCUUCUGCAUCCUCGUCUUCUUCUGCUUCGCUGCCGGCGGUCAUGUCGUCCAGGGUUCUGCUGCGCCAGGACCUGAUGCGUCAGCAGGCGCUGCAGGAGCAGCAGAAGGAGGCUCAGCUGCAGCAGCUGCUGCGACGCUGCGACUCUUCGUCUCCUGUCGGUGUGUUGGCGUCCUGCAGACCUCCUGCUCAGGUUCCUGUGGAGGUUCUCAAGGUGCAGACUCACCUGGAGAACCCCACCAGGUAUCACAUCCAGCAGGCUCAGAGGCAGCAAGUCCGCCAGUACCUGUCCACCGCCAAGACAGCCAGUCAGCAGCCAGCUCCACCGCAGAGUCACGCCCUCCAGUUGGGCUCUGCCCCCAAACAGUCAGAGGGUCCCAAACAAGAAGUGGACGACACAGUCAUCGAUGACAUCAUCAGCCUGGAGUCGAGUCUGAACGAUGAGUUUCUGACGCUGAUGGACUCGGGACUGCAGCUCGCCAACACGGUAACACAACAGACACACAACCAUGGUACCACACAUCUGGACCAGUCAUGCCGUGGCACUGUUUUAAAUGUUCUGACAGAUGAAGAGCACAGAAACGGGACGAUAGUGGCCGACUUCAGGCAUGGUGGGAUGAUGGACUGGGACAGUGGCGUGUUGAAGAUCUCAGUGAAGACCAGCCAGUUGGUCUGUGCACCCUCUGAGGACUCUAGCGGUGACUUCGUCUGGUCGGGGGGCUCCUGCACCGUGAGGCUGAGGCUCUCAGUGCUGUGGAGCCUAAAGCCUGAUUGGAAAACACACAAAAACACACUCAGCUGUAUUUUCCGACAUGAUCGGUUCCAAACGUCCUGUUCAGACAUGAACUGUUAUUUCACACUGAGACGUUCUGCUGCGGCACAAACACAAACAACAACAACAACAACAACAACAACAACAACACGUUGUUUCAGGCUGACAGACUCUCAGAACGGUGUUACUGCUGCAGAUAAAUGUAAUCAUCACAGUGCUGUUGUUGCAGAUGUUGAGACCAAAGCGCUGAUAAAAGAGAGACAGAAGAAGGACAACCACAACCUGAUUGAGAGGAGGAGACGUUUCAACAUCAACGAUCGUAUCAAAGAACUUGGAGCUCUGAUUCCCAAAUCAUCAGACCCGGAGACGAGGUGGAACAAAGGGACGAUUCUGAAGGCGUCGGUGGAUUACAUCCGCAAACUGCAGAAAGAACAGCAGCGAACUCGAGAGAUGGAAGAGAGGCAGAGGAGGCUGGAGAACACCAACCGGUCGCUGCUGCUGAGGAUACAGGAGUUGGAGGUCCAGGCUCGGCUCGGCGGUUUCUCCUCAUCCUCCCCCCUUCCUCCCCACUCCUCCACCCCUCUUGCCCCACCCCCCCUCCUGUCCCCCCCCCUGCCUGCAUUCUCCUCCCCCUCCUCCCCCCUUGUGAGCCCUCCUCUGGGUCUGGAUGCUCUGAGCUUCGUGGACCUGGAGGAUCCUCAGGGGGCGUCGGCGGUCUUCUCCCCAGACCUGCUACCGGGUCUGGGUGGGCUGCUGAUGGAGGAUGGAGGCGGCGUGAUGUCCGACCCGCUGCUGUCCUGCGGUGCCUCGAAGACGAGCAGCCGGAGGAGCAGCUUCAGCAUGGACGAGGACCUCUGAUGACGUCAGCAUUCAGGGAUCUGAUAGGCUGAGCUGGAGACUGGACUCCGCCUUUUUUCAUCUUCAGUACAACUAUUUUAACUCAUGACAUCAUCCAAACAGAGAAUGCACAGAGUCGCCAUGGUAACCACCACAUGUCUUCCAGUGGACAGUUGGGUGUCCUGUAGAGUUGUCAUGGCAACUGAUAGGACAUCACCGUGGUUACCACCGUGUGUCCCAAAGUGUUGCCGCUGUAAUCCCUGUCUGCUCUGUCAGUGCGAUGUCCCUAAGGCUGCUUUGUCUCACAGUGUCACCAUGGUAACCCCUGCCACCGCGUUACCAUGGUAACCACUGUGCGAUGACUGCUGAGUUCUGCGUCAUCUCCUUAGCAUCCUUUCGGGAACAAGAAAGGGACGGAGCUGGAAACUGCAAAAGUCAACAAGCUGCUAGCUUGUUCAUUAGCAGCCAAUCAAAGUGUGAAAUGAACUGAUUUCUUUGGUUUCAUCUGUCCGGCUGCUGAGACGCCGCAGGUGUGCUCUCACCUGGACGGCUCAGGCUGAAGCUGCAGGUGAGUCCAGGUCCUCUGAAUAGGAAACACAUGAAUCUGUAAUCACUGUGCUGGAAACAAAGAGAAAACCUGAAGGGAAACUGAAGCGGUUUCAUCUCCACAUGCUGUCAGCAGUGUUCGAACUGGUUUCAUUCCACUGGUUCAGUUUGGUCUCGUUAAAGUCGUCACAGUCAACAUUUUAUUGUUUUUAUUGGUGGAGACUUGAAUCACAUCACCAACCGCUAAGUUAGCUCACUGUUAGCCAUCACCUACAAAGGGUAGUAAUACAGCUGGAUCUAAUAGCUGGCUGGCUGUUAGCUGCAGCUGAUAGCAGGCUAGCUUUUAGCUGCAGUUAAUAUCAGUCAAACUGUUAGCUGCAACUGAUAGCAGGCUAAGUCGUAGCUGCUUUCAAAGGAGGCAAAGUUUAAGUGUUGUUUGGAGUUAUUUUGUUAGCUCCAAGGUCCACAUUCAGAGAAAACAGAUGCAUUGAGAUGGGAGUGAAGGAAGACGUCUGUGUUCAACUGGAACAGAAUCUCUGGACAGAGGAGGGUCUACAACACUUGUCAGUCCAGAGGGAUCUUCCCAUGUGGAGGGGCCGGGGAUCGAACCACCAACCUUGUGAUCAGUGGACAACCGGCUGUACCACCUGAGCCACAGCCGCCAACAGACUGUGUGAACUGUAACCUGUUGGGAGCUCAGAGCAAAGUUAGUUCACUGCUGUUAUCAGUUCUUAGUUUGUAGCCAACUGUGAGGUGAGCUCGUCUAAAAAGGACCUGCUGACUGUUAGCCUCGCCCAGUGGUACAGGGAGCAAGGAGUGUGCAGUUUCUCUGAAAUGAUUUGACAUUGUAUCUCCUCAGAGUAAUCAGAUUCCUUUUAAAUAGAACAGUAGACUGUUGUCUCUGAUGUCGGCUUAAAAUCUGCCAGUUUAGAUUUACAAUAUUCAGGCUCCACAGCAGGAGCUAAACUGAACUGAGUCCAUCUCUGGUUCCUUCAGUCUUGAUCUGCUGACAGACUCAGUCCUCCUCAGCACGGAGGAGACCAGAGUCCACUAAGUUCU